CGACCGGGCACGAUCGAGACGACUCACGUCUGACGGUUCAUGGAAUACGAGGUUCGGGGGUACAAAUCCAGUCAAAAUCUGCAGCUGAGUCAGGCCUCCGCCGCGUCGUUCAACGAACCUGCUUAGCAAGCAAGAAGCCGCCCUACAUGCAUUGCAUUCGGGAAGGGAUUACCUGAAUGAGCUUUGCAAUCAGCAGCUCUGAGCCUGAACUCUGGUUCUUGAUCCCAUCGCAAGAAGAAGCCGUCGCGGUACCGUCUCACCGGUGCGUGAUGGAGAGGAGGGAGGCGAGGAGAAGUGCUCCUCUCCGCAAGGGAGCAAGGCACGGGGAGCACAUGCAGCAACGCCGGCCGGGGACAGGGACGAGCCGUGGCCAGGGAUCGACGCCCACGCCGCCGGGCUACUUCAGCGUCGAGCUGGUGAUUGUGCUUCUCUUCGUGGCCGCGUCCCUGGUGUUCCUGCCGCUCGUCCUGCCGCCGCUGUCGCCGCCGCCGUUCCUGCUGCUGCUGGUGCCCGUGGGCCUGCUCGCCGUGCUCGUUGCGAUGGCGUUCGUCCCGCUCGACGCGCAGAGUCAUCUUGUCAGAUCGUCCCGCUUGUAGAGAUGCAUUUUUGUUUUGCUGAUUUAUUUCCAGUUGGUUUAGAUUAUCUAGCGUACACAAAUCGAUACUGGUUGUUGUGGUUGCUCUCUUCUGGCCCCUAUGAAUAUAU